UUCUUUUUGGCCAGCUUUGGAGCGUGGCUUGAAGUAGUAGGCAUCCUUGUGUAGUCACUAGAAUUUUCUUGUUCGUCGUCUACUUAUGUUUACCAUAUCGGACUCAGCAAGUACUUCUACUAUGGUAAGAUUCGUCACGCAACUGUGAUGACGAAAGAGAAGCGAAAAGGGCAUCUUGCCCCCAUUGGCAAAACUGCCAGAACACGCCAUGACAAGUUUGCCAGAGCACAGAUGCAUGAUCCUCGCGUCUGGCGACAGUUGAACCCCAUGAAGGAACCUCCCAAAGUGAAGCACAAGUCGUACUUCGAAGCCGUCGAGAAUGAGGAUAAGAAAAAGAAGCUGGAAUAUCAGAUCACUUCCAACAGGAGCGAGGUUGGAUUCGAAUUCAUUCCCACCGGACAGCCCGAGUUGACACGCUUGUGCAAAGAGCUGUCGCGAGAGAAAGGCUGCAUGAUAUUUAUCGUCUCGGACUCAAAGGACACAACCACGCUCGAUCACCAUAUGCACCGCCAUGGAUAUCACUUCCGACAAUACAUUGUUGAGGAAGCUCGUGCGAUAUUGAAAAGAGACGGAUCACUGGAAGGCCAGGCGCAGCUGGAUUUGCCCGGCCAGCCCGGUGCGAUGUCAGGAGAUCAGUUAGAGAUCAACAGGCAAGCCGAUGCUGUACUGAGAGACCUCUUUCCCAGGAUCCCCAAUACCGAUCGUCAUGAGAUCAUCUUACAUGCUUUUCAAAUGAACAGCACAUUCAAUGGCGAAUGCAAAGUCGGCAUGGCCGUUGAACUGCCACUAGCCCGCCGAGUUCAACUCGCUGCUCUCGCACAUAUCAGGCAUACACACACCCGUUAUGACAAACUUCUGAGAGAGACUGACUGGGCGAAUGCUCGAAAAGCUGUAGAGAAGCCAUGCCUGGAUGUUAUCGUCAAGUGGCGAGGAGAUGAGGAAACAGGUCGUGACCAGCUGGAUGAAAUCCUUCGGGAGGUUAUAGAGAUCUCCGACAACGAGGAUGAUUCUGAUGAUGAAAGCUCUGGCGGGGAAGCUGCAGCGUCAGCCGCCCCUCAACACGGUUUGCCUUCUGGCAACGAAUCCAGUGAACAAAAGGCAUCACGGCAUACUCAACCGGCCGCUGCACUGGUGCCCAGACGCGAUGUGCCUACCGCGAGGCCCCAAAUAGGAACCCAGAAGAAGCUGUCCAAAAAGGAGAGAAAGGCUGCAAAGCGAGCGCGGCUACGAUUUAGGAGAUACGCUGCUGUUGCUGAAGAUUUCACAAGCGAGCCGAAUGCUCGAAGUCCGCAACUGGACCGCCCUAGUGUAAUCAAUGUCGCCUCUGCGAUGGACAGAACAGCCAGUCUGCAUUCGAACCAUUACUCUGGCCCGGAGUAUGGGGAACCAUCGGACAUGGCACAUCUGCGGCGCAUGGUUCCGGGGGCUGACUACCCUCGAAGUCCUUAUUCGAAUCCCACGCGGAUCGACCUUUCAGAGCAGAGGAGUAGGAAUCUGCCUCAACCUUCUACACGGUCAGAUUAUGCCGUUCGUGGCCAAUCACCCUUGCUUAUACGUCAGGGGGAUAGGAAUGAACCCAAAGUUGGGUACUCAUCAGACUAUCACCAUGCUCAAAGGCCCCUAUCACCGGUAAGACACGGUCAACAGGACAUGCUCGUACCAUCAAUAGAGCCCAGAUCACCCAACGGAGUAUACAAUCCCCAGUCCAGAUCUCUCGUGGGUACUCUCGCCCCCUCGCACGCCUUGAAUGCUCCCCGCAUUAUUUCUCGAACAAUCAUUCAUGAGCCACGUGGCUUAUUUGGACGUCCUCAAUCUCCAGGGUUCAUAGUCAUUGCUGAUGAGAACACCUGGGAUCGCCGUCGUGUUGUGGCUCAUCAGCCCGAGGAUUAUCGUGCAUAUUCAAAUGCUGAGUUCAUCCGUGUCGGGCAUGUGAGCAGAGAGGAAGACCAAAGAUUCUCGUCAUUCCCCUACCCCUCAGAGAGACCUGCAAGACGGCCUGUCGAGGCUUCUGGGGGCUGGGAGGCAACAACACAACAGCCCGUGUAUUACGUAUCGGACUCACCAUAUCGAAGUCGCGAGGAAGCCCAUCUUAGGACAAGGGCUCAUCCGAUUCUGAUGGAUGCGCCCAUUCGGGAUGAGGUUCCUCUUAGCACAAGGCUCAACCCGGGUUUCAUCGAUACUACUCGUCGGGGAGAGGCCGCUUUUAGGACGAGAACUAAUCCCGUGGUGGUUGACAGCCCCCGAUAUGGGGACGGGUUCAUCCAGACGCGCGGUGAACCUGCUUCCAUGAAUCGUGAAUCGAUAUCUGCUAUUAGGGUCGAGGCCGUUCGCGGUUCACCAGGCUAUGAAACUCACAGAUAUUCAGAUGGCCGCCGAGUUUUUCACUUGGAAGAGCCGGCUCAACGAGUUGGAAAUCCAUCUGAGUAUCAAGGCGAGCCGGCCAAUGGCAUGCGACAUCAUAUUCCUAUAAGCCUAGAGCAACGUACAGUUACACAACCGCCACAGCUGUCAUCCUUUGGACGUGCCACUUCUAGUUCGGGUUACAGAGACCGACAAUAUGACAAUGCUCAAUGUCCUCAAGGGUCUGGUCCCCAACCGGUGCACAUGUCCGGAAAUGUCAUGAUAGGACCAGCGGGAUCUCGCUAUGAUGUGCCUUAUGGAAACACACGAGAUGUCUACUCUCAGACAGGUUUCCUACCCCAACCAGCAAUGGGAUCAUACAACCAGGACGAAAAUCGAAAUGUUGCACGACACAUGCCACCGGGCCAGUUUGCACCGCGAGUGGGAUCGCAGCACUACUCGGUACCCCAGCCUCCCUUUACCCACGAAGCAUCGGAAAAUUCGAUGGCCUGUCAUCCGAUGCAGCCAUCGUAAGGGAAAUUUCAACCACGUCCAAAUCCGCCUUUGCGGGGGUAAUUGACGCCCAAGAUGCAGCAGAUUACACAACACCCCAGGGGAAGGAACAUGUUCAGCCCGCAUAUCUUCAGGUGGGGAUGACUGGAUAAGUGUGCAGACUCUUGGUAUGAGCGGUGAUGGUUUUUAGUAGAGGGAAAAUUAGGCGCAAGGGUGGAUGGAUAGUCGAAAUUUGGCGACGGAAAGGUUUCUUAAGAGAUACCCCUUCAAGUCGACCGUCCCG